AAUUUUGAUACAGCAAAGAAAGAGACUAAAGUCUUCUUUCUCUCUCUAAAAUAAUAAACAAAGUAAAGAAUAUGAAAUUUGAAGUGUGAUCCAAGUAAUUAGUUUUAUAAUCUUCACCUUAAUUAGCUUUUCUAUGCAGUUGCUUUCACUUACGUUCAGUGAUAAGACACCCAAAAAAAAAAAAAAAACAUAAAAGAAAACAAUCAGAAGAAUCAGUAGUAAUAUUUGUAGUCAAAUUUGGCAGCUUUUUUGUUUUACUCUUUCUCUCUCUUUUGUUUCUUUUUUAACUCUCUCUGUUUUGAUGUUCUUGUUGGCAACUUACAUUAUCCAGUAAAUUGAUGAUGAGAACCAUGCAAGUUUUGAAUUCAAAUGGGAAAAACAGGACAUGGGAUUUCAUCUCCUUGGUUUCGAUCGCCAUAAUCAUCUCUUUUCUCUCAUGCCCAUGUCUCUCGGAUCCCAGAAUCACCGAAGCCAGUCUCUACUGCGGCGUCGGAAAACCUCCGGCGAAUGUGAGCGUGGUUCCGACUUUCGUCAAAGAAUUCGAGGGAUUAGCUCAAGCCAUCAACACAAGUCACUGGGCCACUCAUUUCGAUAACACUACAAAUGCGUUACUGCCCAUGUACGGAUUAGCCCAAUGUCAUCAAGACUUAUCAAAUAUGGAUUGUCUCCUCUGCUACGCCGCCAGUCGAACCAGGCUCCCCCGUUGCUUGCCUUCCGUCUCGGCUCGAAUUUACCUCGACGGUUGUUUUCUUAGGUACGAUAAUUACAGCUUCUAUAACGAGAGUACCGACCCAGUUCGUGAUUCUUACAACUGCAGCUCAGUAUCUGCGCCCUUGGAUGGUUCGAUUUCGAGGUCGAAAUUCGCAGCCGAGGUUCGGUUCGUGAUUGGUAACGCAACAAUGGCCGCCACGGCUGCAAACGGUACUGGGUUCGGCGUUGCGGCGGGAGAGGGUGUUUACGCCUUGGCUCAGUGUUGGAAAACAGUCAGUGCCGAGGGCUGCCGAGCUUGCUUGGAUAAGGCUAGUGUGGAGGCCAAGAAGUGUGUGCCUAAGAAAGAAGGGAGGAGUAUGAACGCAGGGUGUUAUCUGAGAUAUUCGACUGACAAGUUCUAUAACGAUGAGGCAGAAGCAGAUAACAGAAAGAGCAGUUCAAGAAGAAAAGGAAUAAUUAUAGCUAUUGUUCUAGCGGUUGCAGCAUUCUUAAUGCUGGCUCUGUUUGGUGCCUAUGCAGCCUAUGCUAAAAUAAUUAAGAUUAAAGCCGCUCGGCGUAACCUUGGCCUGAGUUCUUUCAGUUUUCACAAGUCUAGUGUGAGUUUCAAAUACGAAACACUUGAGAAAGCCACAGAUUAUUUCAGUCCCUCGACGAAAAUUGGACAAGGUGGAGCUGGUUCUGUGUAUAAGGGGACUCUUCCAAAUGGCAAAACUGUAGCAGUUAAGAGAUUAAUCUAUAAUACAAGGCAAUGGGUAGAUGAGUUCUUCAAUGAAGUUAAUUUGAUUAGUGGAAUGCAACACAAGAACCUUGUUAAACUUCUUGGUUGUAGCAUUGAAGGCCCUGAGAGUUUGCUGGUGUACGAGUAUGUACCCAAUAGGAGUCUGGACCACUUUCUCUUCGAGAAGAACAAGGUUCAGAUUCUCAAUUGGAAGCAGAAGUUUAACAUCAUUGUAGGAACAGCAGAGGGGCUUGCCUAUCUUCAUGGAGGUUCUAAUUUAAGAAUAAUCCAUAGGGACAUUAAAAGCAGUAAUGUUCUUCUUGAUGAGAAUCUGACUCCAAAAGUUGCAGACUUUGGACUUGUUCGUUGCUUUGGUGCUGACAAGACUCAUCUCAGCACUGGGAUUGCUGGAACACUAGGAUACAUGGCUCCAGAAUAUCUUGUUAGAGGACAACUCACAGAAAAAGCAGAUGUUUAUAGCUAUGGAGUGUUGGUUCUUGAAAUUGUUUGCGGUAGAAGAAACUGUGCUUUCACACAAGAUUCAGGCUCCCUUUUACAAACAGUUUGGAAGCUGUAUAAGUCAGAUAAGUUAGCCGAAGCUGUUGACCCAAGCACGAAAGGUGAGAUUCCAGCAAAAGAAGUAGCCAAAGUUCUUCAAAUUGGGCUUCUUUGCACCCAGGCUUCAGCUUCUUUUAGACCAUCAAUGACUGAAGUAGUUUCAAUGCUGACCAACAAGGAAAAGGAAAUACCAGCUCCAAACCAACCCCCAUUUCUAAACGCCACUGCUUUAAACCCAACCAGCUUCACUGGCUCUUACAGCUCACAGAGCUUAGUAUCAAAUUCAACCCCCAUUACUAGAGUUGAAGCUUCCUACACCUCUACAGAGAUUUCUAGUUCCAACAGUUCAGAAGGGCAAACAAGAAUAUGAGAAUUAAAUGGCAUAUAUUUAGAGAUAGUUACAAAACUAAACACUCAUGUCCAAGUACCAAGACUCAAAACAUUUUUGAGAGCAAAACCACUACUAAUCGUGCAAAUGGGAAAGAGGCAUAUUAUUUGGAUGGUUUACUCAUACACAUACUACUGCCACAAGGGUUGGUUUAACAGUGCAGUUACUCAAAUUUUUGUUAAAUACACACAAUGUUGGAAGAAUAUUUUAUAUAUUUUUUAAUGUACAGAAUCAUGGGACCACCUCCGAAAAUUGAUGCAUGCCAUUAAUUUCAAAAGUGGGAGGUGGAACAGUUUGAUUAGGACCUGCUUAAUUGUACUAGUCUCACACUCAUUGGGGUGCCUUGUUUCAUUUGUUUAAUACUAAUACUUGAGCUGUCAUAAA